UGUCUGCUAUCUGACUCCAGCUGUGGCUCAUGGGAGGUCACCCUCUGUAUUCAGCCUCCCACAUUCUGCAAGCCCUUCCUAGCCCUAUGAGAAGUGAUCUUUGUUGGUGUGUAAGGACUGUCAUCCUGCAGAGAGAACUUCUGGACUCCUGGAUCUCUGGGAUCUCAUGUGAGGAAAUCAAGAAGUGCUGGAGCUUGGUAGAAUCCAGAAGGCCCUAGGGGAGGAUUUGGGAGCCCAGGCAGAGCAGGAGCUGGAGAAGGUGUAAUUAGCCAUGAAGCUGAGGGUAAACAAAAACAGACGCACAGACACAACAAAGCCAGCCUGGGAGGACAAAGGAAGCAAAUAAGGAAGAGCAGCUGCAUUCUAGGUGGUUGGAACACUGAGCUGGGUAUAAAAGCCACCCUGAGAAGGAGCUCCAGUCACCCCACCUUCCUCCAGACCAGCCAGCCUCCACCAUGUGUCACACCAGCUGCUCCUCAGGCUGCCAGCCAGCCUGCUGUGUGUCCAGCUCCUGCCAGCCAGCCUGCUGUGUGUCCAGCCCCUGCCAGCCAGCCUGCUGUGUGUCUAGCCCCUGCCAGCCAGCCUGCUGUGUGUCCAGCCCCUGCCAGGCAUCCUGCUGUGUGUCCAGCCCCUGCCAGCCAGCCUGCUGCAGGCCUGCCAUAUGCAUUCCUGUGAGGUACCAGGUGGCCUGCUGUGUGCCUGUGAGCUGCAGGCCCACUGUGUGCAUGGCUCCCUCCUGCCAGUCCUCUGUGUGUGUGCCCGUGAGCUGCCGGCCUGUCUGUGUGAGCUCCUCCUGCCAGUCAUCCGGGUGCUGCCAGCCCUCCUGCCCCACCCUGGUCUGCAGACCUGUCACCUGCAGCAACUCCUCCUGCUGCUGCUGAGUGUCUGCAAACCAGUUAUUGUCACCAUAGACAGGACACAUCUAUCCCCACCCACCUCCUUCCAUGACUGUGGGUUUGGCAUGAGGCAAGUGGGGAAACAUGUCAUGGCCAUCCUGGAACUAUGAGAGAAUGCAGAAGAAUGACCCAGAUUCCCCUGGCCUGACCUUCUCGAAGAAUAUCCUACCUCAGCUUCCCUUCUCUUACCCCCUGUGCCAAAUAAA